UCCGUUCGUCAAAAUUUGUUCACCAUUUCAACAGCAUGAAGAGCUUAUUUUCUUCGAUUUUAUGGCUAAUUUCGUUGAUUUUAGCCUCAAAUCGCUUGUUAGCUGACGAUUCUACUCCGCAACAGGGUACUGGGGGCAAAUUACCUUUACCAAGCUUUGUUGUAAGUUGGGCAGAUGAUAAGACUGUAUAUGUAGCAGGCGAAAUAGCGGUCAUCAAGGUUAAGAUAUUGGAUGAUUCUUUCAGCGAUAAAAAUCUUAAUCUUAGCAGAUAUGCAAUGAAUCUUUCCCUUUCGGUUCGUGGAAAGAAGGGAAAUAGUUCAUAUAUAUCUGGUGUAAUCCCAUAUUUUGAGGGGGAUCCUAGUUAUUGGAACGUUUCCUUUACCCCAAUUCGAGCUGGAGAGUUUUCUGUUGAAGUCACUGAGGAUAAUUCUGGAAUCACCGAUUCAUCCCUUCAGUUUUUCGUUACACCAGGGCAUAUCUACCCAUCUGCUUGUGAGGUUUCUUGGAUGAACCUUGUUAAUGAAUUUGUUGCUGGAAUGAAAGCUUAUUUGAGGGUAAUUCCCAAAGAUGCAUUUGGUAACAAUAUCUCGUCCGUUAGUCUACCAAAGGGAGAUUACUUUGUGGUGUCUGGAUCUUAUGAAAAUGGGACUGCUGCAGUUGUCCUCGACUUCAGAAACAAUGGUUGGAGUGAAUAUGGAUAUAUUAUUCUUGAGUUCGUCCCCAUCACUUCUGGAAGCCUUUUGUUACAUGCGUUUGGUGAUAAUCGAACUUUAAGCGGUUCUCCUCUACAUUUUCUGGUUAAACCAGGUUCCAUAAGUAUCACCAAUAGUCUGGCUAGAUGGAAAUAUGGAGCAAGCUUUUUGCAAAUUUUCUCAAAGCUUGAAAUAUUUAUACACCAGAAAGAUCAGUUUGGUAAUUCCGUUCCAGGUCUAUAUGCAUUUGAUGCUAGAGUUGUUCACAAAGCUACAAAUUUGUCUGUUCCAGUUGCCGACUUGUUCUUCCAAGAGGUGUCAGAAGGAGUUCAAUUGCUUUCUUUUUCCGUAACAGAACCUGGGGAAUUCAUGCUCACCAUUUUCAAUGCCAAGUUAAAUGAGAGCAUUUCUAAUAUGCCUUAUCAAUAUACUGUCUUCAUAGGUUAUUGCCAUGGAUUAAAUAGCUUUGUCAACGGAUCUGGGCUAGCGAAUUCUAUCUCUGGUAGAAUGUCUCAUUUCAUUGUUUAUUUGGAAGAUCUGUACCACAACCCUUCUCCAGUUGAGGCACAAUGGCUACAAGUACAAAUUUUCAGUAAGAACAGCACAUUUAUUAUUCAUCCAGUGAUGUGGCCUCUAAGGAAUACCAACGGAACAGCACCAAGCCCAGUUUUACUGGAAGGACGUACGGAAUCUCUUUCUAUAUUGCCAGCUGAUGAAGAUAGGCCUUUUGCUGGAAACGCAUCAGUUCUGGCAAGUAAGUAUAGCAUCACAUAUACUGCUGAAAAAUCUGGAGAAUAUGAAAUAUGGGUGCUUUGUGGAAAUAUUGCAUUAAACAAUGGCCAUCCUUACUUGAUGACAGUAUUUCCAGGCAUGGUUGACACAUCAUUUUCAAGUGUCUUCAGUUUUACGUCUAGAGUCGGGAAACUCAUGAGAAACAUGAUCUCUGUACAAUUACUCGAUGCAUAUUUGAACCCCGUCUCGUCAGAAGAAGCAAAACUAAGCUUUGAUAUUAAAGUUUCAAACAGUUCAAGUUUCAUGACAUGGGCUUUUGUAGACAAUAAAGAUGGAUCCUAUGUUGGUUACUACAUGUCAAGAGCUCUUGGUGCUUACAAUAUGUGCAUUUUAUAUGAGGAUAAGCCCUUGGCUCCUUGCCCUUUUGAAAUCCAAGUGUACGAAAGGGAUUAUUUUGCUGAAGCCAAUAAUGACAGCAUUUCUGUGUGGGAAGAUGAGUCAGUUGCUUUUAAUGUCCUAGCAAAUGACUAUGUUCCAGGUGGACAAUUUACUAUAGCUGGAUUUUCGAUGGCUUGGUCCAUUUUAUUGCAUGAUCAUCUCUAUGCCUUAUGCAAAUUUUCUUUGAUUGUUAUGCUUGACAUUGAGCAUGUGUUGCCCAUAAGAAUCUUUCUGGAGGAGUCUUGA